UCGAUAUCAGACUUUAAACGAGUUCACUAGUUUGUUUUAGCAGAAUACAUGGUUAGUUUACUGCCAAAAGCCAUUGACUACACACUCGAAAUAAUAAAUUUAUCAUAACUUCGAUUAAUCAUAUUUUGAUCUGUAAUUAUGAGGUAACUUGAUUUGAGAGCAUCGAUUAUUGAUGAAGCACAAUUUUCUAUUUUAAUCAUGAGUGUUGCAAAAAAAAUAUUGAGUCAAAAAGAAACCAGGGAAUGGUUAAUGAGCACGCAUUUUUGGGGCCCUGUGUUGAAUUGGGGAAUUCCUAUAGCGGCAAUAUCAGACUUUAAAAAGAGUCCUGAAAUAAUCAGCGGUAACAUGACUUUAGCAUUAAUCGUGUACUCAAUGGCUUUCUUGCGGUUCGCAGUCAAAGUUCAACCGAGAAAUAUGUUGUUAUUUGGAUGUCAUACUGUUAACCUAACAGCUCAGAUAAUACAAGAAACGAGGUUCAUAAAUUAUCACUACAUACAAAAUAAAUAAAUCAGCUAUUAAAAACCAAAGAGUCGAUCUCGAUUCGAUGUUUUCCCUUAUCUCCGAAAUCCAGAGAGCCAAAUUAUUCAACGUGCCCCGAUUCGAUGGACGAAUAUAUAAGAAGAGCAAUAAUUUUGUGUGUGGAAAAGGCCAAGAGCCCGCGCAUUUCAGGGGAUCGAAUGUAGUGUGUAGUAUAUAGAAUGAGACGGACGAUGGGAUACUGUCGAUUGUAGCUCAAGGGAGAGACGCUCCACCGACUGCAGGGGUCACUUUAUAGGAUCUGCUACAUCGAAAAAUAUCCCAUCGAAUUCGUAUUCUAUUUUUAUUUUAUUUUACUUUUUUCGGAAUGCUAAGCUACUUGGUUUACGUCUUCCAUAGAUCGACUCUUGUUUCCUCACCCUCUUUUGCCUAUAAACUCCACCCCACCCGCCAAAUAAAUAUAUAUCACCUUAUUAAGCCCGAGCCUUUUCUCUCCCAGGAAUUAAUUCGAGUUUCCAAAUUCUCAGGAUUAUACGGAAUAUUUUAUG